GGGUAGGGUGUGCGGGUGUGCAUGUAAACAUGGGGGGAUGGAAGAAUCCUCUCCAACAGGAAACAACACAUUUGCUUCUCCUUUAAACUGGAGGCAGAGUGGCUCAGAAUCAGGAAACCAGACUCCUUUUUUAAGCAGAAGUAUGAUAUCCCAACUUGAAUUGUAAUUUUAAACAAACAGGACUGGAUCAUGGUAUCACAUUAGCACUCAAGAUCAGAUAUUACAAUCACCACCACCACUAUCCUGUGGACGUUUUUUUAAAGCAAAAUGAAAAAGAUUUGGUAUCUCUGGAUCUCCAGCAUCCUCUUGCCAUGGUCUGCGGUAUCUGGACAUCCUUGUAACAUUGAUAAAAUGGGACGUGCUGCCUGCAGUGGAAAGAGCCUUCUCCAUCCUCCCAAUUUUCUUCCCAGACACAUUACCAUCCUAGAUCUGUCUUUCAAUUCCCUGACGAUGCCCAAGCAUGGACCUUUUCUGAGAAGCUUUCCUUCCUUACAUUCCCUAAACCUUUCCAGCAACAGCAUUCCUACCCUUUCCUCCUCUCUGUUCUGCAACCUGGGUGCUCUUCGCCUUUUGGAUCUAAGCAACUGUGGCAUUUCUUAUGUGCACCGAAUGAGCUUCAGAGGUUUGAAAAGCCUUCACUCUCUACAUCUGAACAACAACAAACUUCAAUCUCUGGACCUCUCCAUUUUUCCUGCCUCUGGAAUCCUUGUCCAUCUGGAUCUGCAAAACAAUGAACUGCCCUGUGAACAUGAGCUUGUGCAAUUAAAUGUGCAAAGAAUCCACCAUAUCAAACUUCAGGGGAACCCUUCAGUGUGCAGUGAUUCCCUAACUCCUUUCCAGAAAGCAGUGCCAAAAAAAGAAGACAUAGAACUCCAGACUGAAGAAAUCAGAACUUCAGAUUAUGAGACUGUGAGCCACAGAAGAAAACUUCAGUUCCUUCAUGUUGUGGCUACGAAGAAGCCAUUACCAUUAGAAAAUGAUACAGCUAUUACCACACCUUCUACUGAAACAGCUGGGAAAAACUGGCUCUACUUUGCUGGGUUUGUGCUUUUGGCUAUCACCAUCUCUCUCUUGAUUGCAUUGAUUGCCAAAUGCAAAUUGCUCCAGAAAAAGCAUGCCAGCUAUCACCAUCAACGGUUGCCUGAUUCUCGUUCCAUUGGAAGCAGCCAUAUUGAGGAAGGAGACGUGGACAUGACGUAUGGGAGGAACCAACCAAUACGUGGAGCUUCUGAGUGCUAUCCAGAGGAUGAUGAUGGUUUCAUAGAAGAUAACUAUAUUGUGCCCAAUCAAGACUUGAAGGAGGAAGAAGAGGAUCUGGAGUUGGAACCUCGUUUCAAAGUUGGAAGACCCUUUUAGGAAGAGUUCCAUUUGUUAUGCACUCCAGUUUGUGCAUACAUUGUGCCUUUCAUUUUUAGGGUUUCCUGAUAUUCUCAUUAUAGUAGGAAAGUGAUAUUCUCAUUAUAAUAGGAAACUGAUAAUGAGCCCAAAGGCAAAUUUGACACUGGGCAAAGAGGUCAGCUGCAUGCCUGCAGUGGUUAGAGCUUAGUAUGUUUUCCUGAAUAUUAGUCAAGUGGAAGCCUGAGUUCUCUCUUAACAGACUCAACCCAUUCUCUUGCUGGUGCACAUACAUCCAUAUAGACACAUACUUGAUUCAUUCUUUUGUACUUGUUUUUCUUGUAUACAUCCAUCAACUACAAUUGUUUUUUAGAGCUUACAUUAAAACUGAUAAGAGAU